AUGGCCAGGGACGGCCGUCUGGCACUUGAUGUUAUAGAUAAAGAUACCCAGGUUUAUAUUAUACUAGCGAGUGCCAAUGAGAUUCGGGACUGCCAUGAUUGCAAAGUAGCAUUGACUGAGACUUUUCUCAUGCCCUCAAUCUGGUGGACCAAUCAUCUGAAAAGGUCAAAUGGGUUCUUUGGCUGUGAAGCGACUCGAGAUAGAGGAAGAAUAACCAGUCUAAACACAUGGUCCUUCUUCCAGUCAAAAGUGAUAAAGUCUACCGACGACUACAGCUGGUCCAAGUUCAACAUUUUCACAAGAUGGACAUCUGGCAAAAACCAAACGGGCAUUCUCAUCUUCGACAACAAAUCACACCCAUUCACAGAUAUCAUCCCCGAUGAACAUCUCCUCACCGACCCAUUCUGGGUCUACCUAUAUAUCCUCGAAUCCGUCUCCGAAUUCGAAGAUCGCGCAGUCUGGUCAAUUCGCAACCUAAUCCGACCAAUCGAAAAAGGACAGAAACAAAUCCUUACGAAAAAUGAAAGGCCAAAGCCAAAUUACCGUGAAUUACACGACAUCGCCCGCCACUCUAUCCACGUCACUGAAACCCUCGACGUAGCCCUACAAACAAUCGAGCGUAUCCUCGAAAACCACCGCGCAAACAUGAGUCCCACUAAUUCAAGCACCGGCUCAAGUCCCGGCCUCUCAACUCCCUUCCCCCCCUUCCGCCAAGACCGCAACGUCUUACAAGAAAUCCAAUCCAGCCUCUCCUUUUCACAAAGCUACCUCUCCAGUCUCCGCCACCGAUCCAUCGCCAAUGAAAAACGACUACAGAAUGAGAUCCAACUUACGUUCCAGACGGUUGCACGACAUGACGCGUUAGUCUUGAUGGAUGAUAGUGCGGCAUUGAAGACACUUGCUUUUGUCACUUUUACCUUUUUGCCGCCGACGUUUAUCUGUGCGAUGUUUACGGUUUGUCCCUUCUCCAUCGCCUUCCUCGUGUUCAUCAAUUCCUCCGUCUCGUUCGUCGUCACGGAUCUGAUCGGGUUGCACGAUGGUGAGGGCGAUGCGGUUGGCACGUUAGGUUUUGCAGAUGAGCUGCUUGCUCUCGCUGCUUGUCCGCUUUGGGGGGUUCUUUCUGAUCGGAUUGGUGUUCGCUAUGUAAGUGCAGCGCUUCAUGAUCAUCCCUUCGCUCGCGAUGUCGUGGUUGCUGAUAUGAUAAAGGUGUGCACUAUUGGCUAUGCGGUCAUUGCUGUUGCGUUGGUUCUUUUCGUGCAGGCCACGAAUGUGUAUCCGCAGCUGCUUCUGGGGAGGUUGUUGUUUAGUGUUGGUGGCUCGGCGGUGUCGACGAUGGUCACCGCCGUUCUGCCUACCGUCACGGGUAAGGCGUUGCGGGAUCAGGCUUAUCGGGUGUCGGUCUCGUCCGAGUUGACGAUAACCCCGGCACGGUUGAAUGGUCACCGCAGUGAUGACACGAGUUCUCACGCAUCACCAUCUGCUCGAUUAUCCGGGUUUGUUGGCUUGUUUGCCGGCUGUGGUGCGCUUGUGUCACUCGGUGUUUUUUUACCCCUUCCGGCUCGAUUUGAGAAACUCGGUCUUUCGCCCACGCAAGCUAUCCAACGGAGUUAUUACCUGGUUGCCGCGGUUGCGAUGGUGAUCAGCUUGAUCAGCUUCAUCGGUCUGAGGAAUCUGCCCGAGGAGGAAGGGAAAGGGUGGCGGGCGUUGUGCAAUCGACACACGGGUGACCUCGAUGAGGAGGACGAGCAUUUCAACGGACCAGAAAGACUGCCGUACUGGAAACAACUGACCACGGCAAUACUCCUAGGAUUCCGGAAUCGCAGCAUUGGUCUCGGAUACGUGGGAGGAUUCGUUGCCCGCGCAUCCUCAGUGGGAAUCUCAUUAUUCAUUCCUCUGGCUGUGAACCACUAUUACCGAGUGUCUGGACUCUGCGACGGAGAUCACGACCCAAUGUCUAAUUCCGGGCUUGGGGAUAUCAAAAAGGCGUGCCCGCGCGCUUACAUACUGGCCUCUAUCUUGACUGGUGUAUCCCAACUGAUCGCCCUCAUUGCUGCACCGGCAUUCGGAUAUCUCACCGACAAGUCUCGGCGGUACAACGUGCCUCUCCUCGUGGCAGCCUUGGUCGGCGUGGUGGGUUAUCUCGCAUUCGGGCUACUACCAAACCCGCAAUACAAAGGACCCGAUGGCAAUGCCGGCGUUUUCAUCGUGAUGGCCUUACUAGGAAUUAGUCAGAUUGGCGCCAUCGUGUGCAGUCUAGCCGUGCUCAGCAAUGGAAUCCUCGAGGUCGGCGUUGACGACAACACACUUCGUAAAAUCUACGCCGAGCAAAAUGUCGAUCACGAGGGGGCCAAUCAUCCCGGUGGAGAAGGCGAGAACCAGCCGCUUCUGGCCCGCUCCGUCAACCAUCGGCUGCAGCACCUGUCACACUUGAAGGGGUCCAUUGCCGGGGUGUACUCGCUGUACGGCGGGGCGGGGAUAUUGAUUCUCACGAAAGUGGGUGGAUUGCUCUUUGAUGUGUUGUCCUCGGGGACUCCGUUCUAUAUAAUGGCUGUGUUUAAUGGGAUUUUACUUGUGACGGGACUUGGGUGUGGGAUAUUGAAUCAUGUUGGGCGAUCUAAGGGAGUGUGA